AUGACUAUGAACCCUUACCUUAGCUGGGCUCUCCUGCUCGUUGUAGCAGGCGGCCUUGGCUGGUACUACACCAAUGGCAACUCCCCGAAAGCCAUCAAAACUCCUCCGGCCAAGAAGGCCGAGGUGAAGACUGUGAUCUCGCCUCCCACCACCGAGGAUGAGCAGCCCGAGGACGAUGUUGACCGCAAGGAGAUGGCUCGCCGCCUGGCUGCGAUCAAGAACGGCGCCUCGCCCGUCACUGCUCCCUCCAAGAACAAGAAGAAGGCCAAGAAGGCCAACCUGGAGAGUGGUUCCCAUGCUUCAUCCACCACCGGCGCCGACGCCGAUGACGAUCUGUCCCCUGCCGUCUCACCGCAGGUCAACGCUGUCCCCUCCGCUGGGUAUGUCUCUGACAUGCUGGAGUCCCCCGCCCCCGCCGCCUCGGUCCUCCGCGUCACCGGCAGCGUCGAGUCGGAGCCCAAGAAGCAGAAGGUGCAGUCCUUCAAGCAGGUUGAGAACAAGAAGCAGCGCCAACAGCGCCUGAAGAACGAGGCCCGCAAGCAGGAGGUUCAGGCGGCCGAAGAGCAGCGCCGGCAGUUGCUCGAGAAGCAGCUGCACACCGCUCGUGAACAUGAGCGUCGCGAGGCUGCCCGGACCCAAGCCCCCACCACCAACGCUUGGCAGCAGGCUUCCAAGGCCAACGGCACCAAGGCAGUUCCGGCCCCCGCGCCGACCUCCGCCCCUGUGCAGCUUCUGGAUACCUUCGAAUCUGCCCCCACCCAGAAGAAGUGGACCCAGGAACUUCCCUCUGAGGAAGAGCAGAUGCGCAUUUUGGGCGCCGCCAACGGCGUUGACGAGUGGACCACCGUCUCGAAGAAGCCCAAGAAGAAGACCGGCAAGGACGAGGUCAGUGAUGCCAGCGCCUCUGAGAGCCAGCCUGCUCCUACUCCUCUGCCCGUUGAGCGUAAAGUGACUGUCACUCCUACCUACCUUCCCGAUAACCUGCGCUCCCGUGAGAAGGGUCACCCGCUGGACUCUGACUGGGCCGCCUAA